AUGAACACUGAUGACGGAACUGUUUUGGGCAUCAUUACUGCAACAGAUGAAGAUGCCUUGGAUGAUGGCAAACUCACUUACAAAUUGAUGCCAGAAAGCAUGCGGGAGUUAUUCGAUGUUCAUCCAGAGACUGGAACUAUCGUUGUAAAAAAUGGACAGCGUCUUGACAGGGAAGGCACCAAUUCCUACUCACCCACCCUGCAGGCCAUAGAUUCAGAUGGCAAGAUUGGUACCACUGUUUUGAUGAUCAACAUUCUGGAUAUUAAUGAUCAGACACCAGUGAUGAACAGAGUACUUUAUGAGGCCUAUGUACAAGAGAACCAAAAAUUAGAGCUUAAAAUCCAGGCUACAGAUGGAGACGACCCAAAAAACCCAAACAGCAUAAUCCAGUAUCGCAUUGACAACAGCCCAUUCAGUAGUAACUUUACCAUAGACCAUGACUCUGGUGUGCUUGAAAACAAUGGUCGAUUGGACCGUGAGGCUAUGGACCCUGCCCUAGAUGGUGGGAUUGAGUUGAUGGUGAUCGCUUCAGAUAUGGGCACACCAUCCCUGUCCUCCACAGCAAAAGUGACCAUCAACAUUGGGGAUGAAAAUGACAAUUCUCCACAGUACCUUGAUCCUGCUCCCUACGAAUUUAAAGUAAAGGAAAGUGAAGGAGGCAUAUGGGUUGGCUCUGUGCGGGCUCACGAUGGCGAUCAAUCAGACUUCAAUAAUCGUAUCUUCUUCAGUAUUACUGAUGGUAGUUUUGGAAGUUUCAUAUUAUUUAGUGAGAACAUCAGUGAAGGUUACAGGGGCAACAUCACGGUGGAUCCCGCUGUUGAGCUGGACUACGAAAGUGACCGCAAGACGUACGAUCUAACAGUGGAGGCCUUGGACUUGGGUCAGCAAAAGGUUGAGACAACAGUGAAAGUAAUUGUGGUUGAUGUGAAUGACACUCCACCUGAAUUCCCAUCCGACAUGACCCUGAGCGUAAAAGAGAACAGCACCUUGUCAAUGCCUCUGGGCACAAUCAAAGGCGAAGAUGUGGACACUGAACACCUUCUAGAAUAUGAGCUUGAUUCUACUGAAUGCCAAUGCAAUGGCGUCAGAGGUCCAUGUCCCGAAGAGUGGUUCAAAGUUGAGAGUAACGGUGAUGUGAUAACUAAUACUGUCUAUGAUAUUGACUAUGAGAAAUGUGAUAAAGUGUUCAUGAAUGCCAAGGUGGUGGAUGUUUUAACUGAGAAGAGGAGAGACAGUACUGAAGGAGUUGUCACUAUUAAUAUUGUGGAUAUCAAUGACAACGCCCCAGAGUUUGUUGUCUUGCAGGACUUCUAUGUUGUAGUCAUUGAGAAAGUUGAGGUGGGCACAUCUGUUGGCAGAGUUUAUGCCAUAGACAGAGACACAGGAGAGAACAGGAAAACCAAAUUUGAAGUUACCAAGGUGGACUUUGUUAGCAGUGAAGGGAAUUCCACAGAGAGUUUGUUUCUCUACGCCGACUCUGCUGAUCAGGAAGAUGCUGACGGAAGGUUCACUGCACAUAUACGGUCCCAGAAGGCAAUGGAAAAUAAUAAAAGAGGGAAGUUCAUGGUUCAGGUGAAGGCGUCUAAUCUUGAUGGUCUCAGUUCCACCUCUGUGGUUGAGCUUCUCACAGUUGACAGCUCCUACAGAGUCAGUCUCAGAUUUAGUGCAUCUGUGUCUGAAGUCAAUGAGAAUUUGCCUUAGAUCAGAGCGAUUCUGAUAAGUGCUACAAAAGCAACGGUGGAAUUCUUCAAUGUGUUUAGUGAGACGGUUAUUCCGCGGUAAGAUUCAAUCCCCCACAUCCCCAUGUAUACAUAUACAGUAAACUAAACUGAAUCUCACCAAACUCAUGUUAAGUCUGGAAUAUCUUUUUAUUUCAUUCCUGUUAUAAUAUGUAUAAUCCAGCAGGUGGCGUGUACAUCAUAGACUAAAUCCAAGUCGGUUUGUAUUUUCUCUCCCAAAGAGAUUCAAAAUUCCAUGUAGAUUUCCUGUCUUGUCAGUGCUACUGUUAUUAAGCAAACGUUUCAUUUAUUUGGCAUAAUUAGAGAAUUAUGGAUUUAAUUUUGGCAAGAGACCAGCAAAAUUGUAUCUACACUAUAAAAAUAAAAUUGCACCCAUUUCAAGUUCAGUUGCUGACUUAAAUUUUUAAGUAUAAUCAUCAUAGUCGUAACUUAAACUUACUUAAAAAAUCGAGUUGAAUCUCAAAAAAGUUGAAAUUGCUCAAUGUAUUUUGAUGAGUUACUGUAAAAACGUAAGUUGCCAUGACUUACUGAUCAUAUCAUUUUUUUGUACUGUAUUUACAAACAGAAUAUUUAUAUUACUGCUCAAGGGACCCAAACAUUUUCAAAU